CAACUAUGAAAGAAAAAGACAAGGAAUUGUCAGUUUUGUAUUGAACAUGUUCUAUGUCCAUGACAUUAUUACAAACAUGAUUUUUCAUCAUUCAUGAAUACUAGUUGAAUUUCAUCAUUUAAACCAUUCAUUUUCACCAAAUUCCUGUUUAAAUUAUUACUCAUCACCAAACAAUACCUCCAUCAUCUUCAUAUUCAUUAUUUUUCACUCAUAGACGAUCACAAUGGAAGACAGAGUAUCAUAUAUGAAGGUACAAGAGAUGGCAAAAUUCCUAAAAAAAGAAGUAAACAUAGAACCUAAAAUAGGUUUAAUAUGUAGUUUCGAUUUACUUCCUGUAAUGGAUAUCGUAGAAGGACGCACUGAAGUCAAAUAUAAAGACAUUCCAUACUUUCCAAAACCUGCAGGAGCAUGUGCAAGUGAUCUACUAGUCUUCGGAUCAAUAGCUUCCAUUCCAGUAGUCGUUCUAACAGGCAGAUUUUAUUUUUAUGAAGGUUUCUCCUUAAACAUAGUCACCAUGCCAGUCCGACUAUUCAAACUACUCGGCUGUACUGAGCUCAUAAUUUGCAAUACGGCGCACAGCGUCAAUCCGAAAUACAAACUGGGAGACGUUGUCCUGCUCAGAGAUCAUUUGGAUUUCGUUGGUAUUCCCGGUUCCAACCCGUUAAGAGGUCCUAACGAAAUUAGACUCGGAGAGCGAUUCGUAUCGAUGAACAACUGUUACGAUAAAGAAGUUUUGAAGCACGUUAGGAAGACCGCCGAAGAAGAACUGGGAUGGGGAAAGAAAGUGCAUAAUGGCGUUUAUGCGUAUCUUUCAGGACCAACUUCAGAGACUGUAGCAGAAGCAAAUUUGUUAAAUAUUUUGGGAGCUGACGUUGUGGGAUUGUCGACUGUACCCGAAGUGAUUGAAGCGAGGCAUUGCGAUCUUUAUGUCUUUGGUUUAUCUUUGGUAAUCGUUGAAGCCCGACUGGAAUACAUAGUGUAUCGAGAACCAUCGCGUCGAGAAAUUUCAAAUGUAAUUGAAGAGGCCAUUCCAAAAUUGCAAGAACUACUGGUUAAAGUUGUGGAAUUUAUGGGCGUUAAAAGACCUUGCAUAUGUAUAAGAAAGAGUGAACUAAAAAAGAAAUAAACUUUUCUAAGUAUCUAAGAUUAUUAUUUUCUUAUAAAAUGAAUAUUGG